AUGGUGCGCCUGGCGGCCGAGCUGCUGCUGCUGCUGGGGCUGCUGCUGCUCACGCUGCACAUCACGGUGCUGCGCGGUUCCGGAGCCGCCGACCGGCCGGACGCGGCCGCGGCCAACGCCAGCCGGACCCCGCUGCAGAAUAAUCUCAACAUGGAAAGUGCCUCGACAUCAGAAACCAGCUUUCCUCCGUCCAAAGAAGCACCCGGGGAACAUUCAGACCACCAGGCCGGACACCAGCCCUUCCCCAGACAGCAAUUCCAGCAAGAGGCUGGGCACCCUUCAUUGCAAAGAGAUGGCCCCAGAUCCUUUCUCCUUGACCUACCCAACUUUCCAGAUCUUUCCAAAGCUGAUAUCAAUGGACAGAAUCCAAAUAUCCAGGUCACCAUAGAGGUGGUGGAUGGUCCUGACUCUGAAGCAGAGAAGGAUCAGCACCCGGAGAAUAAACCCGGCUGGUCAGUGCCGUCGCCCGACUGGCAGGCCUGGUGGCAGAGGUCCUUGGCCCUGCCAAGGGCCCAGGGCGGUGACCAGGACUACAAGUACGACAGCACCUCAGACGACAGCAACUUCCUCAGCCCCCCCGGCGGCUGGGACCGUCCGGCCCUGGGCCACCGGACAUUUGAAACCAAAGAACAGCCCGAAUAUGAUUCCACAGACGGUGAGGGCGACUGGAGCCUCUGGUCUGUUUGCAGUGUCACCUGUGGGAAUGGCAACCAGAAACGGACCAGGUCUUGUGGCUAUGCGUGUACUGCAACCGAAUCUAGGACGUGUGACCGUCCCAGCUGCCCAGGAAUUGAAGACACCUUCAGGACAGCUGCCACCGAAGUGAGUCUGCUUGCGGGAAGUGAAGACUUUAAUGCCACCAAACUGUUUGAAGUCGACACGGACAGCUGUGAGCGCUGGAUGAGUUGCAAGAGCGAGUUCCUAAAGAAGUACAUGCACAAGGUGAUCAACGACCUGCCCAGCUGCCCCUGCUCCUACCCCACGGAGGUGGCCUACAGCACAGCUGACAUCUUCGACCGCAUCAAGCGCAAGGACUUCCGCUGGAAGGACGCCAGCGGGCCCAAGGAGAAGCUGGAAAUCUACAAACCCACAGCCCGGUAUUGCAUUCGCUCCAUGUUGUCCCUGGAGAGCACCACGCUGGCUGCCCAGCACUGCUGCUACGGCGACAACAUGCAGCUCAUCACCAGGGGCAAAGGGGCGGGCACGCCCAACCUCAUCAGCACGGAGUUCUCGGCGGAGCUCCACUACAAAGUGGACGUCCUGCCCUGGAUCAUCUGCAAGGGCGACUGGAGCAGGUAUAACGAGGCCCGGCCCCCCAACAACGGACACAGGUGCACCGAGAGCCCCUCCGACGAGGACUACGUCAAGCAGUUUCAAGAGGCCAGGGAGUAUUAA